AUGGAUGUUUCAGAGAGUUUGACAGUGAGGUGGGUGCAGGGCUUCACCAACAGCAAAGUUGCAUUUGUGGAUGAAAAAACAGCCUGUUACCCCUGUGGAAACUAUAUCACCUUCCUCAAUGUGGAGACAAAAAUCAGAAAGGUCCUCCAAAGCCCUGGUCAUGGCAUCAGGGUCUUCACAGCGAAUGGACAUUGUAAAACUCUUGCGUUUUCUGAGGAGAAAUGUUUUCCAUCAGUCUUCGUGUACAGAUACCCUGAGCUGAGUCUCAGAUGUGAGCUUAAAGGUGCAGCUAAACUGGCUUACACAGCCCUCACACUGAGUGACACUACUCCAUAUUUAGCCAGCUGCUCAUCUUUUCCUGAUCACACCAUCACAAUAUGGAACUUGGAAAGUGGAAUUUCAAUUUGUAGUAGUCAACUGCCUGAAGAGGAUGUCACAACCCUGCUUUUCAAUCCAGUGAGUUGGCAGCAAGUUUGUGCUAUGAAUCCAAACUCUCUAACAGUGUGGAAUAUUGAGAGGAGUAAUGACUUCCAUCUUAUGAAGCCCAGUGUUAUUGAUCUCCCUGCCAUCGAUGGCUCUGUAGUCGAGCAGGAAGUCGGCACUUCUUACAUCCCCACUGGGAAGCUGGCGUACUCUGGCCCUCAGAUGCCCCCUUCAGCUAUUGCAGGGCUGAUCGGCGACAAAGCGGAUAACAUUCUGCCAGCGAAGCCUCAACUCUGCCCAAGUGCCAUCUGCUGGUCAGUUUCCUCAGAUCUGUAUGUUGGGACUAAAGAAGGAUUCCUGCUGCUAGUCAACACUGAAAGUCUCCUCAUUUCUAUCCUGUACAAUCCUCAUAUUAAGCAAAGCUCCUCAGAUUGCAGUGAGAGCCUGGGGAUUCAGGAAGGCACUUUUCAGAGCUUGGCACUACACAGUGAAGGAGGGUUUGCUUCAGGACCUGAUGGUGUUUUGCAAACCUUUCAGGUUAAAGAGCACCAGGUGGAAGUGGUGGAAACUUUUAAUCUAGUGGAACCAGUCUCAAGUUUGUGCUUUUCACCUGACUAUAAAACAUUGCUUCUGUCCUCAACCAGUGGACGCAUUUACAAGUACAAUCCAGGGCUUAAAAAUGAAGUUGACAAAGUUCUGGAUGUGCUGUGUGGAGACUUUAUCACUGCUGCUCCAGUAUACACUGAAAAGAACCUCUGUGUGUCAGUUAGAGAGUCUGGGGAGCUGCAGCUGUGGUCACUGGAGGAUGGAAACUGCAUUGCAUCCCUCUCUUUACAGACAAAAGUGACCUGCAUGGCAUGUUGCCCAGUAGCGCAGUAUGUUGCUGUGGGAGCAGUAACAGGCCAUGUCCUCUUUGUAGAACUGACCAGAGCACAGAAACCUCGACUGGUUCACACUGUCUAUCUGUACCAUGUGCCUGUAGAGCAUUUAGUUUUCGACCAAGGGGGAAAUUUCUUGAUUACAGGAGCAUUCGAUUCACACAUAUUUUUCCUGGAUGCAAGACCAUCUAAAGAAUUUGAAAUCAUUGGAUACACUGACUGUAUGGGUGCCACCGUGAGUCUGUCCACCCAGUACCAGAAAGAGAGCAAACAGGUGGAUGUGCUGGUGCUCUGUAAUACUGAGAAGGAGAACAGGACAGAUAAGGAACAUAAGGAAGGGAAUCUGCUCAUGUUGCUGUCAGUGAUUACACAGCGGCUCUCAGAUGCAGCAAGCUGUGUGGACCCCCAUGGCUGCCUGGGAGAACAAAUUAUUCAAACCUGUGUGUAUGAGAUCCCACACUCUCUUUCCUCAUGUGUUCUGGGUACCAAAAUGAUCUUUGGUUGUAGUCACCAGAAGAAAGUUCUGCAAAGAUUCCAACUACCAGAGAGUGUGGGUAAAUUGUCCAGCAAAAACAAAGCAGUUAGACUAAGUCCAGAGAAAGAGGUAGAGGGUUCUCCUCUUGGCCUGGCAUCACUGCUUCUCUCUCCUCAUCAGAGCUGGCUGGCGUCUGUCAGCAGAGAUGGGCUGCUUCGUGUCCAUGACAUCAGCACUCUGGAGAUGUGUGUGCAGAUGCAGUGUCACUCUUGCUGGUUGGGAGGAAUUUGCUCUGUGUCUUUCACCCCUGACAGUCAAACUUUUAUCACUACCGGCCUCCAAGAUGGCUCUCUGGUCUGCAGCAGGCUCAGUUUGAAGAUGGCUGCAGCUACCCAGCAUGAUCCAUCCAUGGUGACCUCGUUUGAAGAUAAAAUAUCCCAAGAGAAUCCCAUCCUCAGUGACAUGGCUGACUGGGAACUGCCAUCACAGACACCAGUGGGAUUUGCCCCAUCACAUACAGUCAAGCUCGGUAACAGGGACCAAGUAACCGAUGAUAUAACAGACAAGAAUGAGGAUUCUAACCAUCUGCCUCCAUGCAAUUCUACAUGGCUGGAUAACAAACUAAAUGCAGUACUCCAAGAGGAGAGCCAGCAGUUUGCAGAGAAAAGGAGGAGUCUUACAAAGAACGUAGAAGAACUUCAGGACAUAAUCCAGGCUAUGAUGGAAGAGAAUGAGAAGCUGCCAGACACAGAGAAGCUGGAGCAGCUGGAGUUUAACCUGGACAUGGAGGAGCAGCAGAGACUACAAGCCAAGGGAGAGCAGGAGGUCGCCAAGGUGAGAAAGGAGAUUGAGCGUGAGAACCUGGCAAAAUGUGAUCUGCACAACAUUCUCAAGAAAAAGUACUGGGACUCUGUGACUGUGAAAGGGAAGGCCAUUAAGGCCUUCCACUCAGGGAAUGAAGUGACUGACUUUCCUAUGAAGGAACGCACACCAAAAGAACUUGAAGAGCUUUACAGGGUAGAGGCCAUCCAAAAGCUCAAGCAGGUUGAAAAAGGUUAAUUAUACAUGCCUUCUCUUCUGUCCAAUGUGCAGCAAGACAGGGAUGAAGACGAAGAGGAUAAAGGGCAUGAAGUGGAGAGCUCAGCUUUAACAGGAAGUCUGAGUGCUCAAUAUGGAGGUUCUAACCCUUACUUAUACAACCAAUUCAGUCUGCAAACCAGAGAACAAAAGAUCAACCAGAUCAUCCUGAUAAAGGAUGUGAUUUACAAAGUGAAAACAGCUUUUAACAAUGAGUUUGAGGCUCUAUACAAGCUGAAAGAGCAAGAGAUCAGCCGCAUAAGAGACAAGAACCAGCGCACUGCAGAUAUUAUGAGUAAGCUGGAACUGCAGGAGACCCUAUGGGAGCCUACUCUGACUGACAACGAGAGACCAGAGAGAAUUCUCAUUGUUAGUGACUCUGAGAUCAAAGUUGAGAAAUACCUGACAUCUGAGCAGAGGCUUAGAGAGGAGGAGAAGAGUAAGGAAGAGAAACAGAGGAGGCUUGCAGCAAAGGGGGACAAAACCAGAGAGCGAGCUUUGGAUGAUAUGAUGGGUGGAGCGCUUGAGGUCAAAAAAGAGGACCUCCUGAGUAUGGAAGUGCCACCACCAGAGUUCAUAGAUAAGCCUGAGUUCCAGUGGACAGAGGAGGAAAAAAGAUGCUACAAAGAGUAUGAAAGUAAAUUAAAGGAGCUCAGUGAAGAACAGGAGAAAUAUAGAAAGACUUUGGAGGGAGAAAUGAAGAAACUGCAGGUGUCCAUUAAAGAUGCCACUCAGGCCUUUGAUGAAAGACUGAGCAAGUUGUUAGAAAGGAAAAUGAAAUUAGACAUGGUUUUAUGCCAGGAAGAGCUAAAGAUCAGCAAUCUGUUCCAAUCCUUGUUGAUUGAGGAAGCGAUACUCAACAGAGAGGAAGAGUUGAGCUACAGACUGGAGAAGGCACAGACUGUUCAGAAUCAAAUUGGGAAAACUCUAAUUACUCUCGGAGAGGAGGUAGAAGCUUUUCGAGAGACGUAUGAGCAUUCUGUUGCACAAGAUAAACUUCUUGACAGUGGAUUUCGCAAAGAGUUUAGUGAUGUCACUGGACACAUGGUUGACCAGCUGUACAAGCUUUACAAGCGCAGACCCAGAAUCCAGAUUAUGAAGGCACAGACAGACAAGACAAGCUUGUUUAAGGAAUCUUCCAUGUUGAGUCAAGCAGCAGAAGGAUUCUCACAGGUGAUGAAGGUCAUGGAGGGGUUAGAUGCACCAAAGAACAUGCCAGAGGGUCUGGACCCAGCCAUAUGGCAGAGAUGCUGUCUGGCUAGGAGGACCAAAGUGAAGAGUGAGCAGAAGGUAAAAAUUCAGGCGCUGACAUUAGCAGAGAUGCAGAAAUUUAUGCAGACGAGAACAAAAGAGGAGGAGAAUGUACAAAUGGAAAUCAAGAAGCUUGUUGAUGAUCUUACUUGCCUGCGAGAAGAGAAGACCAGGUUCUGCCUCGAUGUUCUGGUGCAGAUCGUGUUAAAACAGGGCCAGGUUGAGUUGGAGACUGGAGACUUGACUGCAGACUACUCAGACUCUUUGUUGCUCCACCGCAGUGUUGUGGAGGAGCUGAACAAAACCAUCAGGGCUCUAGGAGAGCAGAAGAUUGCCAGCAUGGUGGAGGGCAAAGACUUUCAUAAAGAGAUUAUUCAGCAGGAAUGGGAGCACAAGAGGAUGAGUCAGCUAAUAGAAGAUCUUGAAAACAAAGCCAGAGACAUUCAGAUGCUUUAUGUGUCUCAGGACGUCCUGGAGUACCUGACAGAGUCAGACCAUGGCAACAGAAUGUCCAAGAAGAUAUCUACUCUAGAGAAGAUAAUGAUGUUACAAGAGAAGACUCAUCUGAAGAAUGUGGAGAGCUAUAAGAGGCAGAUAAUGGAGUUGAACAGAGAAGCAAAGGUGAAGAAAGAGAAAAAUACAGCUUUAGAUCCGCAGUUGACCAACACGCAAUUGACUCUCGCAGAAGAAUUUAACAUCUAUGAGUCCUCAGCAAUGGAGGAAGAGCAAGAGCGUGAAGCUAAGCAACACUAUCAAAACAUCCUGCAGAGGAGGAAACUUGUGGAUGUGGCCAAAGCACAAGAUACAGACAUCGCCAUACUGAGUGCUGAGUUGGAGUGCCUGCGAAAGAAGACAUUUCCUACUCUUCCUCCAUUAAAAUCUAUCUGA